AUGAGCAUCCCAGUUGGUUUAUGGAGUCUUGCUGUUGCGCCGGGCCAAGAGCCCGAGGUCGUUUCCCCACCUGCAGACCUUAAAAUAACAAAUGUGGCUCUUGGUGAAAAACUCGCAGACGAAAAAGGCAGAACGACUAUUAAGCUCUCCUAUGCCAACAUCCCUGAUGACGGAUCUGAUGAUGAAGACGACGAGGAGGAUGAAGAAAAGCAACCCGCUGUCAACCUUGUCUCCACUGUGAUCACGUCUCUUACGCCUGGCAAGAUUGAACAAAGCACAGUCGAUAUUACCUUGUUCAAAGACGAGGACUAUGUUAUCGAAGCUGUUGGCAAAAACACCAUUUAUCUCACCGGAUACUACGUGGACCAGACUGGCCCGGACAUGGAUAUGUCUGAUAUGUCUGACAUGGAGUCCGAAGAUGAUUUUGAUUUGAGGGAAGUUAGCUCCGACGUGGAAAUCGACCCCGCUGAAAUUGAUAGCGAUGGCAGCAGGUUCGAAGAUGUCGACGAUGAGGAGAAAGCAGAGACCAAACCCGCGAAGCGCCCCCGCGAAUCUGACGCCAUGGACACCGAUGCUCCCAAACCCUCCAAGGCCGAGAAGAAAAAGAACAAGAAGAUGAAGGCCGAGAAUGGCACAGCUGUUCCUUCUGGGACGGAUACAAAGGAGGAUGAGAAGAGCGGGGACAGUGAGAAAAAGCCGGAGGUCAAGGAGAAGAAGAAGAAGGAGAAGAAAGAGAAAGAGAAGGAGUCUAAGACCGUCGAGCUUCCUGGGGGACUCAAGAUAGUAGAUGCCAAAAUUGGAACAGGACCCAUGUCGAAGGCCGGUAAUAAAUUGAAGAUGCGAUACAUCGGCAAGCUCGACAACGGGAAGGUCUUCGACUCGAAUACCAAAGGGAAGCCUUUCACCUUCAGGCUAGGUGCCGGGGAGGUGAUCAAAGGUUGGGACCAAGGCCUAGUCGGCAUGCAAGCUGGCGGCGAGAGAGUCAUCGUUGUCCCUCCUCAACUAGGAUACGGAAAGAAGCCCUCGGGCCCUAUACCCCCCAACUCUAGGCUUACUUUCGAAUGUAAACUCUUGGAGAUCAAUUAA